CCCGAGUGAGCUCCAUUUCCCAUCAUGGAGAGUCAGAGAGUCCAGUCCUCGUACAGGAAGCGUUACGGGCCUCAGGGCUCCGGCAGCACAGGAGUCAGAAUUGGGAGCCUUUCUUCCAGCCGCCUCUCCUGGCAUGGCACCCCCCGCAGCUUCACCCACUCCAUCCCUGUGUCGCGGAUCUCCUUGGGCUCAACGGGCCUGCUCCUGGGCAGUACCAUGGACCGGCUGGAUUUCCCAGCUGAAUCCCUGAUGAAGGCCCAGUACAAGGAGACGCGCACCAACGAGAAGGUGGAGAUGAUGGGUCUGAAUGACCGUUUUGCCAGCUACAUAGAGAAGGUGCGCCUGUUGGAGCAGCAGAACAAGGUGCUGGUGCAGGAGCUGAACCAGCUGAAGGUGAAGGAGCCCAGCCGCAUGGGAGACAUCUACCAGGAGGAGCUGAGAGAGCUUCGCAGACAGGUGGACGGACUCACUUCUGGCAAAGCUCGGCUGGAGAUAGAGAAGGACAACCUGGCUGCAGAUGUGACUAUGCUCAAGCAGAGGUUGCAAGAUGAGAUGGGUCUCCGACAGGAUGCAGAAAACAAUUUGAAUGCCUACAGACAGGAUGUGGAUGAAGCUUCUCUUAAUCGUGUCCAUUUAGAGAGGAAAGUCGAUGCCAUGCAGGAUGAGAUAAACUUCUUGAGGAAGACUCACGAGGAGGAUCUGCGUGAGUUACAGGAGCAGCUCAUGGCCCAGCAGGUGCAUGUUGACCUUGAUGUAUCCAAACCAGAACUGACUGCUGCACUGAGGGACAUCCGGGUCCAGUAUGAAACCAUGGCAACCUCCAACAUGCAGGAGACCGAGGAUUGGUACCGAUCCAAGUUUUCUGACCUGACAGACGCAGCCAAUCGAAACGCAGAAGCCCUGCGCCAGGCCAAGCAGGAGGCCAAUGAAUACCGGCGUCAGGUCCAAGUGCUGACCUGCGAUGUUGAGGCUCUACGAGGAACAAACGAGUCUCUGGAACGUCAACUCCGGGAGAUGGACGACCGCUUCGCCAUGGAGACUUCUGGUUACCAGGAUAGAGUGAGCCGUCUGGAGGACGACAUCCACUCGCUGAAGGACGAGAUGGCCAGACACCUGCAGGAGUACCAGGACCUCCUUAACGUCAAGCUGGCCCUGGACAUCGAGAUCGCCACCUACAGGAAGCUGCUGGAGGGAGAGGAGAGCCGGAUCACCAUUCCAGUUAAGAGCUUUUCUAACCUGCAGUUUAGAGAAACUAACCUGGACACUAAAACCCCCGAGGCCCACGUGAAGAGAAGCAUCUUGGUUCGAACCGUGGAGACUAGAGAUGGGGAGAUCAUUAAGGAAUCAACAACUGAACACAAAGAUCUUCCUUAAAGUUCGACUUGUCUCAAUCUGGGAUUAUUACUUAUUUGUUUUGUUUCCAAACCCCAAAGCUCCCCCAUCAGUGCAUCAUUUCAUGUUUCUCUCCUUUCUUCAUCACCUGCAUGCUAAUCUAUUCAACAACCCAUGACUUAACUAUUAAACUCUCCUAGACUUCCUCAUUAGAAUUUCUGCAAAAAAAAUCUAUGUUCAGCUAUUAUACAGCUGUUAGCAGGAUGUAGGUCACUCAUAUUAAAAUGGUAUGUACCAUUUUGUUCUGUUCCAGUGAAAACUCCAGGAAACCAAUGGCAACCUGUUUAAUUUUUUAGCACGGUUUCAGAUUAGCUGCCAUAGAGAAGGCAUUAAAACGUAGCAAUUGUCUUAAGCUAAUAUGUAGCAUGGUCGAGGUUGACAUGUUAUGAGUAUGUGAAAUGUGGCAAGGGAAGUACCAGAGGGAGUUUGGGUUUGCAGACACCAGAAUUGGAUAGCGGUGGGAAAUAAGAGUUGUGUGUAUGUUAGAGCAUCUUUUGGCAGAAGGACAGGUGAAAUUGAGCUCUUUUUUUUAUUUUAUGCCGGGUGCUAUUUUGCAUUUGAUUCCUUUGUUGGAGCAGCAGUCGCCUCUGCUUGUGUGUUAAAGCUUGUAUAGCCAGCACAGGUGUUUCAAUGAGUACAUCUCACUUCGGGCUGAUUACACGUGUGCUUAGACAGGAGACGAGUGGAAAUGAUCAAACAGCUAAUGUGUUGAUGUUACUUUUUCACUUUUUACAACCACAAACCUCUCUAGAGCCAAACAGUCUUCUAUGGCUGCUUUUGAUGGGUACAUUAGUAAAAAAGACAGGAGAUUAACAACAAAUGUGUGGUAUGACAGUCAGUGUUGUGUAGACAUUAGAGCUGCGACAGUUACUCGAACAAUAAGUUGCAGCCGUAGUAAACAUUGACUAAAUCGUAAAGACAGAUCAGACAGAGACAGAGACAGCUGACAGGCAAUCGAGAUAAAACCACUGCAGAGUCUCUAUUGAUCAAAGCUAUGAUGUUUGCUGUGAGUUUUUGACAGAAUUGAUUUCAGCACCAUUCAGUGGUUUUAUUUAAAAGAAACAGUGUUGACUGACAGUUGCUGAAUGUUUGCAUCUUCUCUACAGAGGACACUGACAUUGGCAUCCAUAUUCUGUGAUGUUACAUACAUAUAAAAGGUGUCCCAUCAACAGGUGCAACAAAACUCACAACAGACGAGUGUGUGAAAACCUAUGCAGUCCUGAGAGGAAGUCUCAUGAGCCAAAACAAACAGCUGUAAGUGUGUUUAUACUUUCUCCCACCUUAUGCUCUUCUGCCUUCUCCAUUCAUCGCAGCUGUUGCUAUCCUUUGUCUCUCACACAACCUGAUAAGAUAUUAUUUGACAAAAGGAUGCUUCAGAGCAUAAUCAAGCAAGCGUGAUAGGGACAGAGCCAGGUUCGAGGUGUGGAGACACUGUUUGGAUACUGACUUGUCCUCCAGCCUCCAAUAAAUCUCCUCCAAAUUCCCAGGCCAAUUUAUGUUGUGUUUGACUGAUAGCAGCGAGAGAGUGCUUUGGAGAUGAUCUCCAACAAAUCCCAAAGCAGUGGAAACUGUAAUGUUUGUUAUAAAAGUGAGGAUGCUGGGGUUAGAAGUAAAAGGAGGCUGCGAGGGAGGACGAUUGAUUGACUUUUCCAGCAAAAACACUGUAAUCCAUGCUUCCUGCCUGGUUAGAAGUCACGGCACGCUGACUGAAGCCGUGUUGCUGACAGCCGGCCUCGCCUCUAAUGAGUGCUGCUACACUGAAGCUGGCUGUUGCUGUGUUCGUUGCCAAGGACACGCUGUGAUCUGAGUUGUGCCUCCCACCCUCUCCCCUCCACAACUUCCACUGCUGUCACUCAACCCCUUCUCAAUAACAUGCAGAUUUCUACUGUAUUCCCUCUUUGUUUUUUAAUAUUGAUCUUAGAUGAAUCCUGCAUAUUCUUAUGGAAGAAAUAUCUGCAGAUGGAAAUAUAACAUUAGUAUUGACCGAUGCUACGUAAUGUUUACUUAACAAGAAUAAAACAUUUUGUCUUUUAGA